AUGAACGAGCCACGAAAACUUGGAUUCCUAAAAAGUUAUCGAAAUAUUUAUGACCACAGGCUCUGCGACGUGGAAGCAAUUGCUACAGUUUACAAACAUCCGGAUGUUACUUACAUUUGCGAAUACAUAAAGGAUAAAUUUUAUUUCGCGACAUUGUCAAACGGUCGAAAAAAUGCAAGAAGCAACUCGAGCAUUCAUUUUUUUACCAUCGACGACGAACUGAUCUACCAGAAUUUUUACAACGACUUCGGCCCUUUAAACAUUGCUUGCUUAUACAAAUACUGCAGAAAGAUAAACAAGAAACUGCAGAGUCCAGCGAACAAGUACAGACAAAUUGUGCAUUACACGUCGCAACGAGAUCACAAAAGAGCGAAUUCCGCUUAUUUGGUAGCUUCCUACGCUGUUUUAUAUUUAAAUAAAAGUCCCAGGGAAGCUUACAACGCUCUAUUCAUGGGAGGCGAUCUGCCGAUAAAACCGUUUCAAGAUGCAUCUAUGGGUGCCUCCAUUUACAAUAUACACAUAUUAGACUGUUUGAACGCGCUUCAAAAAGCAGCCAGGUACGGUUUCUUCAAUUUUGACGACUUUGAUCUAAUCGAAUACGAGAAAUACGCGGACAUGCGAAACGGCGACUUGAACUGGAUGGUACCGCAAAAGUUUCUAGCUUUCGUUGGUCCAAGUACGGAACCAUUCUCGUAUUAUCACCCGCCUGAGUGUUACAUUGACUAUUUUUUUAAAAACGGUGUCACAGCUGUCGUCAGACUGAAUAAAAAAACGUACGAUGCGUCCAGAUUCACCAAGGCAGGUAUCAUGCAUUACGAAAUGUUCAUGCCAGACGGUACCGUUCCACCGAAAAGAAUUUUGAAUCAAUUUUUAUCGCUCAGCGAAAAUACUACCGGACCUAUAGCAGUUCAUUGCAAAGCUGGUCUAGGAAGAACAGGUUCGCUAAUUGCGGCGUAUUUGAUAAAACAUUACAAAAUGACAGCCAGGGAAGCUAUUGCUUGGAUAAGGAUUUGCCGACCCGGUUCUGUUAUCGGACACCAACAAACAUGGUUGGAGAACAUUGAAAAGAAUUUGUUGAACGCGGGCGAACAGUACAAAUUGAAGUACUAUGGUGAUGGUGAUAGAACACUGCAUCAUAAGUGGGGAAUAUAUUCAGUAGCAGACAAAAUCGACCGUAAAAUGGACUGUUCUUCCGAAGCUGGAUACAAAGAAUCCUACAAAUACGAGAAUCUAUCGAUGGAGAAAACGAACAAAACGAAAUUCACACGAAUUUUAGGGAAAUUAAAAAGCAUCGGAGGAACGGAAAAGGAAUUGCAGAUACACAGAAGUAACGAUCCACAAAUCAUGACACAAGGAGACAGGUUGAACAAAAUCAAAAUGAAUAGACACAAACUGUCUCGGAGCUCCGAAUCACAGGAAAAUGACAUCGCUUACGGACUCGGCAGUUUGAAAAAUUCGCGUAAAAGGAAAUAAAGAGAUCUUACAAUCAUUGUAAUUUAUCAACUAUCGAAGUUUAUACGAUACAUAAAACAUAUUUUUUUUUUAUACCCUAUAAUUAAUGAGAACAGUUCGGAAUAGGGUAUACGAUUGUGCAAUUUAACAUCGAAGU